GAGAAGAAAACCUUUGAUCGGGACUGGCAAAUCGUUAACCAUGUCAAUAGGAGCGAUGCAGGAGAUCGAAGAAACUGCUCCAUUGCUCGACGUUUCUCAACCCGAAGCCCAAUCGAGAUCGCAAUCCGCGACGACGAAGGUGCCGGAGAUUGAGAUCCAUCUGUAUCGGAGUGGGAAAGGUCCGAUCGACGUGUUCAAAUCGAAUCUCGGAGGUUGGGAGCAGGAUCAGCUCGAGGUUCGACCGAUUCUUGAGAAAUACGGAUUGAAAUCAAUCUUCGCCUUCAACGUUGACAAAGGUCGAGGCGUCCCGAUCCGGUUUCAAAGGAAUGGAAGGUCUGUGCUGACGUAUAGAGAUGGUGCCGUCGUUUUCAUCGACGGUGAACCUCAGGAUUCUAUGAUCAAACCCGUCACAAGAAUUAUUCUCGGAAUAGUAUUUGCUACGCUGUUAAUCACGUUUCUAAUGAAGGACCCUCCAGCGUGGAUCAAGAACAAUAUCUCCAUUGGGAACUUCCCUCCGUGGGUGCUCGCGUGCAUAGUAAUAGUGUUCACCCGAGCUAGGAAGAGAACCAGAGACUUCUUCAGGAAGUAUGGCUGGUGAUGUCACAGAUUCUAACACUCGUCUGGCUUGAAAUGUGGUCGAUAUUGUAGUCCUCCAUCGAUCAUAUAUAGAGAUCUUAUCUUGUCUCAACUCUCACUCGUUGUGAACCGCUCUUUCAUCUUUGAUAAGGCCUCAUGCGCCAAUUUGUUUGCUUUUAAAACCAAGAGAGAGCAAGCAUUUUUUCUCCAUUUCGCAUCUUGUUGAACUUGAUAAUUUUAUGCAUUUUUCAUGUGUAUGCGAUGUGGUAACUGAUGUUAUCUUCUGAAAACCUUGGUAAAUAUGAAAACUAACAUGUCAUGUAUAAAACCAAGUUUGG